AUGCCGACUGAAAACUUGUCUGUGUGUGUAUAUGUUGAGAAGAAAUCUUCUGGAUCCUUGGACCCCUGGGACAUUCCUGGUACGCCUGAUUUUGAUUCAUGUGAUUAUUCUCAACAAUCUCCUUCUACAGAUAGAAUUGUGAAGGUGGAGAAAAUAGACAGACUCAACAUGAAGCUCAUGAUUUUACGAAGGAAAAAUGUUGUAGUGACUGGGAGGAUUGGGCCGGCAACAGUAAUGCAUCUGGAUCAGAAUGAUAAGAAGAUGUGCAAUGGUGGCAUGGGCAAUGUGAGUUUUGCCAAAGGUUCUAAAAUGCACAAGAAUAACAACUCAAAUGUUGAAGUUUCUGAUGAUGAUGACUUUGCAUCACUUAAUAUUGGUUUGCCUGGCUUUGCAUCACUAUAA